AUGUCAUGUAUUACAGUAGUAAUCCAGCCAGUCUUCAACUCGUACGUUGCACAUGUCCACGUUGGAAGCAGCAACCCUCGUCUCUUACUCGGCAUCAUCAAUGCUGACAUGGUGGGCAUGAAUGCUUUGAAACAAGUUCGAGGUAUUCCCAGAGUGGUCUUCUCUUCCAUCUUUCUCUUUCUUAUUCCCUCUUUGCUUCGCAAGACUUCUGGCUUGCUGGAAACCAACAAGAGCCUGUGCAUGUGCAUGUGCAUGCAGACCAGCGUGGUAAGUAGCCUCCACCCCUUCUCCCCAAAAUAG